AUGUCCAAUCCUAUAAUCAAAUUCGUAGUAUCUACACCAUGUAACUCAAACAGUCAACCUUCAGGUUAUAGAGUUAUCCAGUUAAAAGAUAAAAAACUUUCUUCUUUACCAAUCAACUAUAAUAAAACAUAUAAAAACCACAAUAAUAAGAAUAAAAAUAUUCAAAAUAAUAAAACUCACUGUUAUAAUAAUAAUAAUAGCAAUAUAAAUACUAAAAAUAAUAACAAUAAUGUAACAGAUAUUGGUGUGACUACAAAAGCAUUUUGUUAUCUAAAACCGUAUGCUGGCGGUAUUAUACCUGACUCACAGAAUCUAAGUAUCAUGGACUAUUCAGACUAUAUGCUCAUCUCUAAAUCAAAUGGACUUAUUGAAAUCGUCCAAGACUAUCAAUAUAAAGUUAAUUGUAACCUACCAUUAAGUCCUGACUAUGUAUUAGCAUGUAUUCCGGACGGGUUCACUCCUGAUUCAAAACAUACUGGUGUUACAAUAGGAUUGGAAUUUAAAGAAGGUCUUCUAUAUUGUUGUCAAAGCAACGGUAAUAUUUACAUUUUUAUCCUAAAUUUACCUACAAAUUAUAUUCAAUCAAACAAUUUAUUCGAUUUAAAUAAUAUAAUAAGUCAAGAAUACAGUACCACUAGUACAGAUUACACUAUAUCAAUAAAAAAUCAUAUUAUUCGCAAUAAUAAUAAUAAUAAUAGCAACAGAAGUAACAACAGCAGAACCUAUAAUAUUCCUAAACAUAUCAAUAGAUCUAUUAUAUCAUAUGGAGCAAAUGAGACUGCUAGACUUAAGACAUAUAUAGAAGACAGUGAAGACAUACAAGCAAGACAAAUUACAGAUUUUUUUAAAGAAACCCAAUAUACUGGACGUACCAGAUUAAAACAUAUUUGCUACUAUCUAACACCAUUCCAAUUUGAUUUUAAUCCAACUCCAAAAAAACAUACUUUAUUACACUAUAUGAAAGUUUACAAAGACCAGUACGUUUAUAGACCUUCAAUUUGUAUCAGUUUAAACCAAGGUAUUUCACAUUUCCAUAUAAAUCCCUUUGAUAGACUAAGUUUUUUAAUUGGCUCACAAUUUGAUCCAAUAAUGAUAAGGAAAGUUAUCUUACCAAUGACAUAUCUAAAUUAUUUAAUCACAUAUUUAAACUUGAAGAAGAGAGGACAGAAAAAGUAUCAAAUGGAAAUUAUACCAUGGGAGAAAAUCGCUAUGGAAAAUGGGUUUAAUUCUUUUGCCUUAUGGAUUGCGUAUGAGUCCGUCUAUGGUUUUGAAACUGUCUCACAAACUUUAUGGGAUGAUAUUAGAAAUGAUGGUGGUACUGGAUAUUUGAAAUCUACAGUUGUUUGGAAACAAGGAUCCACUCAUCUAAUUGAUACUAGAAACGACACUAAAAAUUAUAAUGCAGAUCACAAUAACACUUUAGAUCAUCCAUAUGUAUCAUCUGAUUUCCUUUAUCAUUUUUCAAGGUCUCCUAUAGUACCAAAUGAUAUAAGAAAUAGAAGAGGGAGAAGAGGAAGAGAAACAAGCCAUACUUUAGUAAGAGGUAACACUAUUUUAAGAAAUAGUUCUAGAAGUAGACCACAGUGCCUAGAGCCCUCCUCUAAGCUUAGAUCCAAUUCAUUCUUUAAAAACUUGCAGACAGAUAAGGCAUUAGCAGAUUUCUCCGUUGUUGAUACAAACUGUUUUAAAAAUAAUUUUAAAACAUCAUUAAUCUUUCAAAAUAAGUCACAUUUAUCAAGUAAUAAAAAUGAUAAUUAUGAGUUUAUCUCACCUAAUUUGAGCAAUGUCCAUACUACAUCAUAUACUGAAUCAUUAAACCGAAAGUUAAAUCCAAUUUCAAAUUCAACCACAUCAGAUACCCUUGAUGUACCAUCAACAUAUUCUAACUAUAAUUAUAAUUAUAAUCUUAGUAACCUGGGUACCUCUUUUCUGACAGCCAAAUAUAAAACCAUGGAAAUUCUUAAAGUAGAUAAAUCAUUAGUUCUCAGUCUCUUCAAGCCAAAGUGUCAAGAUGAUGAGAUAGCUAAGACCGAUUUAUUUUUUAGUAGAAAGUGUUUGAAUAAUAUCUCUAUUGGUUCUACAAAGAAAGAUGCUGAGUUAAUAACAGACAAUAAAAAAAAGAUCAAUCAAGAGAAAAAUGUAGAAAAGUUGACAUUUGAUAAAGCAUCACAAAAUUUAUCGUCUUUUAAGAAAAUGUUUAGAUUGACAAAAUCCUUAUGUUUAAUAGUUGAUACUAGUGGAUUACUUUUGGUUAAUUUAGAAAAUUUUGAAGGAGGUGUUCGUAACAUUAAUAAUAUUCAAGACCUAAAUUAUCUUUCAUCCAUAAAAAAUAUAUCCAAUGAUUCAGCGGUACGACUAUCAAUAUUCGAUAUAGGUUUGAUAAAUGACGCUAUAGUGGUUAUGGAAUCGUUUGAUUUAGAACCUAGCCACCACAUUAUUAGACUAAAUAUUAUAACAACGUGCUUACCAGGUGAUAUUAAAGCCUUUGAGGUUGAAUUUGAUUCGAAUAACUUGAUAGGUAGCACCGUCUUAUACGACUGUUUACGCUUGACUGAUGUAAAUAGAUUUACAGAUAAAAUGGCACUUUUAGACUGUAAUAUUGGUACUAAAUUUCGUAACAAGAGAGCAUUUUCUGAUGAUUUCUCAUUGAAUUGUGAAUAUUUUAAAACAAAUUUUGAUAGAAAUUCAGUUGUACAAUCCAAACGAUUCAAACCAAAUCGUAGACAUUCUCAACCAUGA